ACCAUAGUACCUAGAGGUAGCUGAUGGUCCGAGAAAUACAAUAGAGAAAGCUACCCAAGUCUACACAGUGCCAAGGGACUGGACUGGUAAAUCGUUACAUGCAGCAAAAACACAGGUCGGUCGUAAAGCCUGUUUCACUUUCACCCAGCAAGAUCAUAUUGACCUGAAAAAGGGAAGAUUGCACCCCCGACGGGCUAAUAAAAAUGGCGGCUCUUAGCGAAAACCUCCUUGUGACUGUCAACAAGCUCCAAGAUCUCGUUUUCAAUACGAUUGGAAAUGAUUCUCUUGACUUGCCGCAGAUAGUUGUUGUAGGCUCUCAGUCCUCCGGCAAAUCAUCUGUACUAGAAAACAUUGUUGGCAGAGACUUCUUACCAAGAGGAAGUGGCAUAGUCACACGACGUCCGCUGAUCCUGCAGCUCAUAAAUGUUCCCAGUGACCGCCAUGAUAGACCCGAAGGUGAUGAAGUUCAUAUACCACAUACAGCCGCAAGUGUAGCUGGACAGUAUGAAUGGGCCGAGUUCCAUCACGUUCCAGGCCGCAAGUUCGAUGAUUUUGCCAUGGUCAAGCAGGAGAUCGAGGCGGAAACCGCAAGGAUAGCGGGAAGUAACAAAGGAAUCAACAGGCAGCCCAUCAAUCUCAAGAUCUUUUCCCCUCAUGUACUCAAUCUUACUAUGGUCGACUUACCAGGAUUGACAAAAGUACCUAUUGGGGAUCAACCGUCGGACAUCGAAAAACAAACACGGGCUCUCAUACUUGAAUACAUAGCGAAACCCAACAGUAUCAUUUUAGCUGUCUCCCCUGCUAAUGUUGACCUUGUUAAUUCCGAGGCAUUGAAACUUGCUCGGCAAGUCGAUCCUAUGGGCCGACGGACAAUUGGAGUUUUGACAAAGCUGGAUCUCAUGGAUCAUGGUACCAAUGCCAUGGAUAUCCUUUCUGGCCGCGUCUACCCUUUGAAACUGGGUUUUAUUGGGGUUGUCAAUCGUUCACAACAAGAUAUCCAGUCUGGGAAAUCAUUAUCUGAUGCUUUACAUGCCGAAGUCGACUUCUUCCGGCAUCAUCCAGCUUAUCGAAAUAUGGCCAAUCGGUGCGGUACACAAUUUCUGGCGAAGACACUGAACACGACGUUGAUGUCUCAUAUUCGAGAUCGCUUACCCGACAUUAAAGCACGCCUCAAUACUCUCAUGGGUCAAACGCAGCAAGAACUAGCAAGCUACGGCAAUAAACAGUUUAGCGGGAAAGAACAUCGUGGUUCUUUGAUACUACAACUGAUGACACGGUUUGCCUCAUCUUUCAUAUCUUCGAUUGAUGGGACAUCUUCCGAGAUAUCUACCAAGGAACUUUGUGGAGGGGCGAGAAUAUAUUACAUCUUUAACUCUGUUUUCGGCAAUUCGCUUGAAACAAUCGACCCUACCUAUAACUUGACCAUAUCUGACAUUAGGACUGCUAUUCGGAACUCGACCGGUCCUCGCCCAAGUCUUUUCGUUCCAGAGCUUGCUUUCGAUCUUCUUGUUAAACCCCAGAUAAAAAUGUUGGAAUCCCCGAGUCAGAGGUGUGUUGAGCUAGUCUAUGAAGAGCUCAUCAAGAUUUGCCAUACGUGUGGUUCACAAGAACUACUUCGUUUCCCUCGCCUCCAAGCGAAAUUGAUUGAAGUGGUGUCAGAUCUUCUCCGCGAGCGUCUGGGUCCUUGCUCAACAUACGUCGAAUCACUCAUCUCUAUUCAAAGGGCCUACAUAAAUACAAACCACCCAAACUUUCUCGGAGCCGCGGCAGCUAUGUCGUCUGUUAUCCAGAACAAGCAAGAGCAGGAUCGAAGAGCAGCGUUAGUUGACGACAGGAGAAAGCGCGAGAAGAAAAGAUUGAAGGAGCUUGGGGCCUUGAAUGGCAACGCACCAGCAUCGCCUGAAGAUGAAGAAGAACAGUCAGAGCCGAAGGCCCAGAGUAUUCCUAUCCGGAGUCAGUCUGGAAGGGGCGCUAGGAGCAUGUCCCCUCAUUUUGGUAAGGGUCAAGAAGGCGGUGUUACAGCAACUCUCAAUGGGUCAUAUACAAACCACCAAGCCACCUUUGGGACAGCAAAUACCACUCGUGAUUCAUUCCUCAAUUACUUUUUCGGCAAAGACGGCACGCAGAAUGCCACCGCGUUAUCCCAACUCCCGAACCAGAGUCGUCAGUAUCCCAAUACUAACGAAAUCAGUGCUAGCAACGGUAUUCGCCGGCCGGAUUUGCGUUCCCCUGUUAUUCCAGUUGAGGAUCUUGCAACGCCUGUAGAGUAUCCCGGUGACGUUGGGGCCUCUCUCAAGGAAGAUUCCGAAGCAGCUCUCUCUGAACGCGAAGUGAUGGAGACGGAGUUGAUUCGCCGGUUAAUCUCUUCGUACUUCAAUAUUGUGAGAGAGACGAUUGCGGAUCAAGUUCCCAAAGCUAUUAUGCAUCUACUUGUUAACCACAGCAAAGAUGUCGUGCAAAAUAGACUUGUCAGUGAGCUUUAUAAAGAAGAUCUUUUUGCGGAACUUCUCUAUGAAGAUGAUGGCAUCAAGGCGGAGAGAGAGAAAUGCGAACGUCUGUUAGACACCUACAAAGAGGCUGCCAAAAUCGUUGGUGAAGUUCUCUAGGCUCGAGAGCCAGGUUCAUGCGAGGCCAUGUCAAGUUCGUUUAGAUUCGGGCCCCUGCGAGAUACCAGAAUUCGUGUGGUCUAUUCUGUCGAUGCAGAGCAUGUCGUCAAAUAGAUUUAUAUGUAAUUAGACGCUAUUGUUUGACAUACAUCAAUUACCCCAAG